GCGGGAUGGCGGGAACUGAGGGCGGGGCGCUGGACCACGGUACGCCGGUGUCUGCGCGGUGCGGCUGAGUUGGUCUCUUGUCAGCUGUCGGAAGUUUGCCCGCCCAUUUGGCGGUUGGGUAGAAUGGCAGCCCAGGGACUAGUCGGAGCUGUUCCCUGGUAACUCUGCUGCUAAAUAUAGUCAAAGCAGUGACCUGAGUCCUUCAUCUACGCAGUGCGUGCCCGGCGCCCGUGCCAGACCCAGAGCUUGACACUGGGAUAAACAAGAGCUCAGGUAGCAUGGAUCUGCCUGUGGAUGAGUGGAAAUCCUACCUUCUUAACAAGUGGACUUCACUCCCAAAGUCUGUGAAGGAUGCAAUUUCUACAGCAGAGACUUUGACUGGCAUCCUUCGUCAUUCCUCUUCCCUUCUUCAACCUGAAGAUGAGGUGUUUUUAAAGCGACUUUCUAGUGCUUACUUGGUGGAAAAGAACUAUGAUGCUCCCCUUUUCUACAGAGAAGAAGGAAACAAAAAAUUCCAAGAGAAGGACUAUACGGGCGCUGCAGUGCUGUACUCUAAGGGAGUGUCGAAUUCAAGGCCUAACACUGAGGAUAUUUCACUGUGCUAUGCCAAUCGUUCUGCGGCCCUCUUUCACCUGGGUCAGUAUGAAGCAUGUCUUAAAGACAUAGUGAGAGCAGGUAUGCAUGGGUAUCCUGAAAGACUGCAACCCAAGAUGAUUCUGCGUAAGGCAGAGUGCCUGGUGAACCUGGGGAGACUACAGGAGGCGAGGCAAACCAUCACUGAUCUUGAAAGCAGCCUUGCUGCCAAGGCAACGCUGGUACCUUCCUCUUAUCAGAUUCUGCAGAGGAACCUCCACCACCUGAAAAUGAAAAUGAAGAUACAGGAGAAGGAGAAUCUCCCAGAAACCUUCCCAGCAGCUCUCACCAGAGCCUUUGAGGAUAUGGCCCUGGGGGAAGAGAACAAACAGAUUUCUGGGGCAUCACCCUCUGUCAGCUUACACACAGACCCUUUGAAAGGCCGCCAUCUAGUUGCCACAAAAGACAUUCUCCCAGGAGAGCUCCUGGUGAGGGAAGGUGCUUUUGUAAGUGUCCUUAACCCAGGAGAAAUGCCCCCACUGCAUUAUGGCCUAGAGAACAAGUGGGACACCAGAGUUACCAAUGGAGACCUCUACUGUCACCGAUGUCUGAAGCACACUUUGGCCACAGUACCCUGUGGAGGCUGCAGCUAUGCCAGGUAUUGCAGCCAAGAAUGUAUGCAGAAGGCGUGGGAGUACUACCAUAGCACAGAGUGUCCUCUAGGGGGGCUGCUUCUCACACUUGGGGUCUUCUGCCAAGUUGCCCUGAGGAUAACUCUUCUAACCAGAUUUGAAGAUGUUGACAGAAUUGUAAGGAUACUUUGUGAGGAGACUGGUAGCAAAGACAUCUGCAUACCUGAAAACAAGACACUUCAUUGUACAAAUCAGGAGGAGAGUGAGAAGAACAGCAUAAUAGGUGACAUCCCAAUUCCUGGAUGUAAUGUCCAUGGGGAAUACAAAAGUAAUUAUAAUGCUGUCUUCAGCCUUUUGCCUCAUACUGAAAAACAUAGCCCAGAACACAAAUUCAUCUGUGCCAUCAGUGUCUCUGCACUGUGCAGGCAGCUCAGAGCGGCCAGCUUACAGGCCCCAGCCAUGCACUUAAAGUCCUCCAGGUUGGAAGCAGUGACUCCAGGAUUGUGUGCAGAUUUGACUAUCUGGGGAGUAGCCAUGCUACGACACGUGCUGCAACUGCAGUGCAAUGCUCAGGCCAUAACCUCCAUAAGGCACACAGGGUCUAAAGAGAACAUCAUUACCAACAGCAGGCAGGUACGCCUUGCCACAGGCAUCUUCCCUGUUGUCAGCCUCCUGAACCACUCAUGCAGCCCCAACACGAGUGUGUCCUUCAAUAGCACUGUGGCCACCAUCCGGGCAGCACGGCAGAUCAGAAAAGGACAAGAGAUUGUGCACUGCUAUGGGCCUCAUGAGAGCUGGAUGGGUGUUGCUGAGAGGCAGCAGAAGCUGAGUUCUCAGUACUUCUUUGACUGCAGGUGUCCAGCCUGUCACACUGAGACGCUCAGAGCAGCUGCAGAGCCCAGGUGGGAAGCCUUCUGUUGUAGCAUGUGCAGAGCGCUCAUGCAGGGAAAUGAUGUACUGAGCUGCAACAACGAAUCGUGCACAGAAUCUGUCAGCAGGGACCACCUGGUUUCCCGCCUCCAGGACCUUCAGCAGCAGGUUUGCGUGGCCCAGAAGCUUCUCAGAAAUGGUGAACUAGAGCAAGCCGUUCAACAGUUAUUGGGAUGCCGGGAGGCUGCUGAGAGCUUCCUGUCAGCAGAGCACACAGUGGUGGGGGAGAUUGAAGACAGCCUGGCCCAGGCCUAUGCUGCCGUAGGAGACUGGCGAACGUCUGCUGCCCAUGUACAGAAGAGUGUCCGUGUGGUUGAAGCUCGCCAUGGGCCAUCCAGUGUUGAAACUGGCCAUGAACUCUUCAAACUAGCCCAAAUCUUGUUCAAUGGGUUGGCAGUGCCUGAAGCUCUGAAUGCCAUACGGAAAGCAGAAAAGAUCCUGUUGGUGCACUGUGGCCCUGAGAGCGAUGAGGUCCAGGAGCUCCAGGAGAUGAAAUCCUGUUUAUCGGACUUGUCAUUCAUCCCUGUGCAACCUUUGGUGUAGUGUGUACAUUCCAGCCCACAAGAAGGGAACUCUGGCAGAUGCAGAAAAGAGGCUAUGUUGGUUUGGAGUUGUCAUCAGAAAGGACAGGACCUACCCAGCUGUCCUAAGCUGUGUCUUGAUGGCAGGAAGCACUUGGGAAACAUAACAGUUGAGAGGCACUGUCCUGAUGGCUGCUGCUUGCAGGGACUAACUGCCCUCUUUUUUUUUUUUUUUUUUUUUUGUUCCU